AGCGAAAGAGUGUGCGAGGUCAUCAUGGAAAAAUGGGACCCCCAGCCUGUAUAAGAUCUGAGAUUGAAAUAGCCGUUUGAAAUGGGUUGAAAAAAUAAUAUUUGGGCCGACCCUUUUUUUUCUUUCAUGUUGACUGGCGCGAAUAUUUUAGAGUUUCGAACCAAGGGAUAUACUAUCUUGAUUAAUGGAUUAAGUGAGGCCGAAUUGAAACAUUUACAUGACGAAGCCGAUACGCUGACGAAUUAUUUGAUCAGUGAAGGCUAUGAUAUAAUCAAUGACUUUGGGUGUAUAGUGGAACCUUUGUCUUGUGGAUUUCUAGAUGGGUCUAGUGAUUACAAUAUGGAUAGAGACAAAUAUAGUAAAAUCCGCAAUAGUAUAUCAUGGAACAAUUCAUGUGACACAAUACAGGCUUCGGAUAUUGUAUUAAGCAAAUAUGGAAGCACAUGGGCAUCACUAUUACUUCAACAACAAGUGUAUUUGCUUAACGAGCAGUUUAUCAUCAAACCGCCAUUCAGUCUACUAUCGUCACCUUUUGCAUGGCACAAGGAUUCAGAUUAUUACCAGGAUGAACGUCAUCGUCAAGAAAGGACAAUUGCCUGCUGGACGGCGUUGGACACAGUGAACGAAAAUAACGGCACGAUAGAAAUUAAAGACUUUUUAGGUAAUCAAGAAACUAUUUGCGUUCCUGCUGGCUCUAUCGUAUUUAUGUCGGAUCAACUUUUACACAAGAGUACAGGAAAUGCAAGCAGCAAAUUUAGAAGAGCUUAUAUGACUCAGUUCUCUUCCUCUCCUCUUCUUUAUCAAGAUGGCCAGUGUGUUGCUCUUGCCAUCAAAUGUGAUUAAACAGUCAUCAUUAUUGGCCUCGUUCAAAACUCAGAACAAAAUAAAAAGUUUUUUUUUCAGCUUUCUAUUUUUACUUUUUUUUAUUCAAACUAAUAAAAAAUUGGGCAUUUAAA